AUGAGCGAGGGGCUCAGAGGUCUGCUGGAAGCCGAGGCCCCGCCCUCCUCGCGCCUCGCUCGCCUUGAUCCGCGAGGGAGCCAGCAGGCUGAGUACAACUUCAAACUGUGGGCUUGCGCCAGCUGGGUCCGGGGGUCCGGAGCUGGUUUUGUAAAAGUCCAACAUGGUGGUAGUGGUGCUGGAAGUGGAAAUGGAGGAGGAAGUUUCAACCAGUUCUUGGGGCCUCUCUUGUGGGAUCGCACCCUGCCUGCAGAUGGGGGCCUCUUCCAGCUUCAGUACAUGGACUUGGAGGAGUUUCUGACUGAAAAUGGAAUGGGCAGCAUGCAUAACAACAACAGCUCCAGCUCAGCCCAGAUCCCCUCACAGAGCUCCCAGUCGGCCGUUCCCAACCAGAGCUCCCAGUGCCUACCGCCCUCGUCACCGCCUGGUUCUUCAUCUUCGUCACCUUCGUCCUCUUCUUCCCCAUCGCUCAUUGGUCUGGAGGUGGCUCAGCCCCAGAGCCUCGCAGGAGGAAACGACUGUCUGCAUGGGAGUCAGACGAGUAUGAACGAUUCCUGUGAGUCACCCUGUUCCUCCUCCUCGUCCUCCUGUCCACCUCUGCUGACACCCACGGGCAGCGGGCCAGAUGGGGUGGAAAUGUUUGACAUGGAUGCUUCAGACACCAUGUCCAACUCCUCUGGCCAGCAGAACUUUGACCCCAUGAGGUGCUCCUUCAGUGAAGAGGAGCUCAAGCCACAGCCAAUGAUCAAGAAGGCUCGCAAGAUCCUGGUUCCUGAUAACAUGAAGGAUGAGAAGUACUGGACCAGAAGGUAUAAAAACAAUGAAGCAGCAAAGCGUUCCAGAGAUGCUCGCCGUCUCAAGGAGAACCAAAUAUCAGUGCGCGCUGCCUACCUGGAGAGAGAGAACGCCGCUCUCCGACAGGAAGUGGCCGAGAUACGGAAGGAACUUGGCCGUUGUCGCAACAUCCUUAGUAAAUACGAGAACCGUCUCGCUGACCAGUGAUGAAGGCGUGAAAGGCCUGGAAUCAGGAAGAGGAGGAAUUAAAGCUGGAUUAAAUUUAAGACUCUGAAUUUUUGGGGUGGACAGAAUGGACAGAAUGGGGUCAAGAAAAUGGUGAUGAUGAUGAGGAAGCUGAUGAUUAUGAUGAUGAAUGUAUAAGACAAGGAGAAGGUUUGUGUAAUGAAGCUCAGGUGUCUUGUUUUGUUGAGGUGUCAGCUCUUAAAAGUGAAAGACAGAGAGAAUAAUUUAACAGAUGAAAGAUGUGACUUUUAAGAGUUUUGUUAUUGGAGAAUUGUAUAUUUUUAUAAUACUUAAGAAAAAUUAGAGGGAGAGCAAAUUUGGAGAAUAAUUUUGUAUAUUUUCUACAUGACGGGGACAUAGAGACCGGGCAAAGCUAUGGUAAAUAUCUUUUUAUUAUAGAUGAGUCAGGAGAUGUUUAACUGGUGGUCAGCCAUCGAUGGGUAUUUUUCGACUUGAUUAUUAUAGUCAGGAUGCAGCAGCAGGGGCGAGGACGCAUGUAACAAUUGUAAUAUAGAGAGCAAAAAUUAUCUUAUAAUCGUAUAGUUCAACAUUUUUGUGGAUUUUACUCAAGCACUUAAUUUUUUUCCUGUUAUGUUUCUGUCACUGGGAAUGGGCAUGCUAGAGAGAAACAACAUGAGAGACAAGGGGAGACACCAUGUAAACAAUCCAGCACUACCUUCAACACUUGUCUUGACCAGUCUUGUGAGCUCUUUUUUAAUAGAAAAACUUUUUUUAUUAAUUGACUUUGAGUUCCCCAACCAUAUUAGUACUUUGUACUUUGAGCUUAACUUUAUGCGAUUGGUACAUCUUUCUCUAGUCCAUACUUGUAUCUUUGACUUUGACUCUUUUUCUCUAUCCCAGUUGAGUGCUUUUAAUCUGCUCUGGUGUUUUUCGUAUCUUACCUAAGCUGGUGAAAGCCUGCUGUUGUGAUGCCCUGGGUAACUCUGCUCCUCUUGAUCCUCUCUUUGAAUUGUUGGGACAUUUUCUUUUCCUCUGUUUCUAUAUCCAACUGCUCUAUUUCUGUCUGCUCUCACUUACAGCCAAUCCCCUUACAGUUAUGUGCAAACUCUUCAUAACAUUUUGUCCCUGUGUCUCUCUUGUACCUCGACGGUGCAUAGAGUAGUUAAAAUCUCAGUGUUGUCAGGUUUUCUGAAAUAGUAAUCAACCUUCCCAGUAAAACGCACAUGGUUACUUUACUGUAUACUUUAUGAACACACUUUAAUUAGCAUUAUAAUGGGGGGAGAAAUGUUGUGUAUAUUGGAUAGGCCUAUACUAUUUUGUGUAUUUUAUGUAUUCCAGGAGAUGGGUUGAAUACCCCCAUUGAGUGGAAUGGUGUUAACUUCUCAGAUUUCUGGGAGAAAUAAAAGCCAAAAUUUCCUAUGUUGAUCCACAAAGCUUGUUGCUAUUUAGUGCUUUUUUCAAUACUGCUCCUUCUUUACUGUUUACUCCUGUUAUUACUUUUUACUGUAUCUAUAAACUUCUCUGUGUACCCACAACACCUACACAGGGGCAUGGUACACUAUGUUAUGUUCCUGGGGGAGGGGUGACUAGUAAUAGAGUGUGAUUUUAAACCCCUUAAUGACCAUGAUGAAUAGUUACCAUUACUGCUAUUAUUAUUGUUAUGGUUAUGAUGAUUAUCCCUCUUGUUGUUGCUGUUCUAUAUUAUUGAAUGAUUUUCUUUCUUUGGAUAAACAUGAUCUGUUGCACCUUGAAACAUCUUCAGUGUUCCUCAGAAAGACAAUUCAAAGGAAAAAACCCUCAAUUGCAUCCUUUCUCAGACCUCCAAACAUUACUCGGACACUACUGCCACCUUGGUUUCUUUGACAAUGGAUUUCACGUGGCUCAAUAGCUUGAACAUGAUGUUCAUGCGGACUUACUUUACCUUUUCCUGGUGACCUCUUUUGUUCCCCAGUGGUGUAUGGACUAUGCACACUAUCAAUAUGCUCCUUGUUGGUUUAUUUCAGCCUCUUGUCACCUCAAUCAGUGAUUGUUUGCUCUCCCAACAGGAUUUAGUCUCUAAUAUCUUCACAGAUGUGGUUGAUAAAUCUUUUAGUGACUCUUAAUUGAACUACAACUGCCCUGCUGCAUCAGUGGUGUCCAUGGUGCCCAGCCCACUCAGUGCUGGUUAUUUGGAUGUAGUCAAGAUUUUUCCAACACCAAUAAAAGAUUGUUCUCAUUCAC